AUGUGGUGGUUACUUGCGGUGCCCGCUGGGGCGGUCGCUAUAUUCGGGUGUGGUGAUACGAACCGAGUAAGUGCCGGAAAGUCAUCGAAGUCGGCAAGGCAGUCAGGAAAGUCGGGAAGGUCUGGAAAAUCAACUAGAUCGGGAAGAUCAGGAAAACAAAGGCGUUCCUCGUCUAAAUCUGGUCGUUCGCAAAGUCGAAGGAAAGAAACGUCAUCAAAGAGCAACAUAUCAGGCAAGAGUAGGCAGUCUCGACGAAGCAAGCGAAGCAAGAAGAGCAAGUCCUCUAAAGUCGUUUCUUCUUCAACGCCAGCGAAACCUUCUGAACUACGCGUGGAACCGGCCGAGCUAAGUUACAAGGCGAUAGGAGGAUUGAAAGGUGUAAACAUUGUAAACGACACCAAUGAGCGCAAGUUCUUCAAGGUGAGGUGCUCCGAUAACAUGUUGUAUCGUGUGAAUCCGGUGUUUGGUGUGGUGGAACCAGGCAGAUCGUCCAGGAUUGAUAUUCUACGACAGAACGGUGCUGCUAAGAUUGAUAAGAUAGUUUUAGUUACGACAAGGGCCGCGGAAGGUGAACUACCAUCAAGAGAGGCGUUCAUUCGUGCAAAGGACACAGAAAUGAUGGUGUUGCCUCUUCUAGUGCAGGAAUAG